CGUGAUGGAGCAUGGGCACAGGCCGCUAAGCCUAGUUUGGCUUCCACGGAGAAAAUGAUCUUCCUUUUUUGCCGUCGGGCUACUGUGGUCCGAGGCCGGUUCGGGCGGCUAUUCUAACGGCAUGGAGCCUUUGUCCAGGAUGCACCCCGCUGACAAACCGUGUUCAAGAGUCACAGUAGACUGAUUAUUCAAUGACGACAAAGGCCCCGUCGCCCCUGCAGAGGGAUCAGGUGCUGCUGUUACCUCUUGGGCUUCCGCUUUCACUUCAUCGAAUAGAAGACCUCAGUGCAUACAUUAAAAGUAAGAGCCGUGUGCUGGGUACGUAUAGGGGCAUUGGGGUUUGGUUCACCAUUGCAGUGGUGCUCAUCCAUGAUCCAGUGAUGUAAGUGAUCAUACCGGGAGCACAUAUUUGGAAAUACAGCGAGUUCCGCCCCACAGGCAAUCGGCAGCGACCUUUAUAUGAUGUUUUACUCUGACGAUACACGCUUGUAUCCUGGUAGGACCGUAGAAGUUUGGAAAGAACUGAGGGAAAUGAAAAGAAAAGAGAGAAGUAAUUAGGAGCUCACUUCUACAGUACAUCUACUAUCUAGAGACAACAACCCGAGUCGCUAUCAAAUUCAAAAACCGACUCGGUACAAUCGUGAGGCUAGGUUCGGCGUUAAAGCAGC